UCCCUUUCUCCUGGAAAACCACUCUUCUUAUAGGGAGAGGAUAGUGGUUAGAGCUGAAGCUGGAUGGAUGGUUAUGGGGAAAGGGGCAAGCGCGAAAGCCCUCGGACUGAUCCCGUUCCUCCUCGCCUGGCUCUGCAUCUUCCCCGCAGUGAUGUCUCCAUGCAAGAUCAUGAAGUGCAACUCUGAAUUUUUGGCCGCCACAUCGGGGACACAGCCCCCAGGCCCUGAGGAAGCUCCUGAGUUCUGUACUGCCCUGCGGGCCUACGCUCUCUGCACCCACCACACGGCUCGCACCUGCCGGGGAGACCUCUUCUACCAUUCUGCAGUCCAUGGCAUCGAUGAUCUCAUGACCCAACACAACUGCUCCAAAGAUGGGCCCACCUCCCAGCCCCGCCUCCCCCCGCUGCCCCGGGGUGACAGCCAGGAGCGCUCUGACAGCCCGGAGAGCUGUCAUUAUGAACGUAGCUUCCACAAACAUUCCUUGCGUCCCAACUACACCCACUGCGGGCUGUUUGGAGACCCGCACCUGCGGACGUUUUCAGACAGCUUCCAGACAUGCAAAGUCCAGGGGGCCUGGCCGCUCAUUGACAACAACUACCUGAAUGUGCAGGUCACCAACACCCCUGUCUUGCCUGGCUCCCUGGCAACAGCCACCACCAAGCUCACUAUCAUUUUCAAGAGCUUCCAGGAGUGUGUGGAUCAAAAGGUGUACCAGGCAGAGAUGGAUGAACUCCCAGCAGCCUUUGCUGAUGGCUCCAAGAAUGGCGGUGACAAGCAUGGUGCUAACAGCCUGAAGAUCACCGAGAAGGUGUCUGGCCAACACAUUGAAAUUCAGGCCAAAUACAUUGGCACCACCAUCGUGGUGAGGCAAGUCGGCCGCUACCUCACCUUUGCCGUCCGGAUGCCAGAGGAGGUCGUGAAAGCUGUGGAGGAUGGAGACAACCAGGGCCUCUAUCUCUGCCUCCGGGGUUGUCCACUCAACCAGCAGAUAGACUUCCAUGCCUUCCAUUCCACCCCAAAGGCUACUGAAAACCGCCCCCACCGGAAAGGCUCAAACCUACCUUCUUCACCAGAGGCAUUCACCUACGAAACAGCCACAGCCAAAUGCAAAGAGAAACUUCCAGUAGAGGACUUGUACUUCCAGUCCUGUGUCUUUGACCUCUUGACUACAGGCGACGUCAACUUUACCCUUGCUGCUUAUUAUGCUUUUGAAGAUGUCAAGAUGCUCCACUCCAACAAAGACAAGCUUCAUCUGUUUGAAAGGACACGACACUUGGAGUCAGGCAAUAUGGCCAGCUUAGAGCCUUCCGUGGCUCUGUUUCUUUCACUCUUGGCAUUCCUAUGCUUGAAUCAAAGUCCAGCCCUUUUCUUAUAGAUGUGCAUAGACACACCUGGUUGAGCUGGGAAACUGAGGAACAAAAUUAUGGCUUGUGUGAGGUGUGAGACUGACGCAACCGGGAGCUUGUGUACAUUGACCCAGAUAUUUCCAGAAAACACCACAUUGAAUGAGUUUGGAUCUUCCUGCCAACGAAGGUUUCUCCACGUGGAAGAGUUUUCAGGAGACUAGAGGUCACAUGAGCUACAUUUCUUCCUCCUCCAGUUGCUAUAGAUGAUGGAAAGCUCUUCUUUCUCACCUUCUCUCAGAUGUCCUUUUCGCUGUACUACAAAUGGUUGUGGUGGACAUGACAAUGGCAUUUGUAUAAUAGUGUUUGGAGAGGCAACCAGAAUUGUUACUUCUGGAAAUAAGUUUAUAAUUGUGCGAAUAGUGGCUUGGGAACAACAGAAGACUGUUCAAAUAGUCCCUAAGUGGGCCGGACAUGGGCAGAGUCUCAUUGCCUUGGGGGUCUCCCUUUCCAUCCUGCUCAUGAGAAAUUGGUUCAUGGGGUUGCAUCCUUGGGCAUGGAUGCCUGCCGGUGCAUGCCUCUCUCCAA